GUGGGGCUGACCCGGGAGGACGCGGCUGGCUCCCUCCGUGGGCCGGGCCUGUGCGGAUGCUGCGGAGGUCGGCGCCAUGACCUUAUACCGGCUGUCCCGGUUUCUCGGUCGCGUUCCGGCCACAGCGUGGAGAGCGGCAAGAUCACCCCUUUUGUGUCAUUCUUUGAGGAAAACAAGUUCCUCUCAAGGUGGAAAUUCUGAACCUAUCAAACAAUCUCUUAAGAAGCCAAAGUUACCACAAGGUCGUUUUGAUACACCAGAAGAUACCGAUUUAGAGAAAGACAUACUGACAAAAUUUCCAGACGAUGUUAAUCCUGUUACCAAAGAGAGAGGUGGACCCAGGGGCCCAGAACCUACCCGAUAUGGAGAUUGGGAACGAAAAGGACGCUGUAUUGAUUUUUAAUCUACGUGUUCAUUAACUUCAGUAUCUUUUUCUGAAUACAUACAUCUGAAUUAACUUAUUUCUGAUUACUUUUCUGUAUAUCCUUUGAUCAUCUAAUUUCUAUAAUGUGUUUAAAAGUACAUAUGGCUUCGGAAGAAAAUAUGCUGCUGUAAAUUAGGAAAAGGAAAAUAUUUCUGCAUUGUCACAUUGGUUUUAAUUUAAAUGUAUUGGGGUAUACACGUGAUGGUUAUACCUGCAGACUUUUCUUUCAUCAUGUUUUAGUUUAAAUUAAUUACUUAUAAAAUGCAAAUAUACAUAAAGCAACUUUUGUUAAUAAUUAUGUUGCCAUGUGCUAGGUAAUAUUGGCUUUUUAAAUGUGAGGUAACUAGUGCAUUAUAUUUCAGAAGGCCAUAGUAACAACAUAAAAUAUUUUACUUGGAGCCAGAUUACUUGAGUACAAAUCCUGGCUCUACUACUUUCUGGCUUUAUGACCUUAUGUUAAGUUCUUUUACUUCUCCGUGCUUAAGUAUCCUUAUGUGUAAAUUGGAGAUAAUAUGAGUUCCAGCUCACAGGGCAGUGACAAGAUUAAGGGAAUAAGUACAUGUAAACCACUUGUAAUAGCUCUCACCUCAGUACGUGUCAUCUGUCCUUCAAUCAUGACUGUGUUUUUCUGAGUCUCUAGGCUGGCUUCCUGGGGGGAAAGAUUAAGAAACUGAAAUUUUAAAUACUUGAAUUGAAAUUGUUUCAUCUGACUAUAAUAACAUUAAAAACUCAUUAGUUGGAAUAUUAGUGAUUAUUUGUAUAGAUGAACUGAGCUGAAAUAUACACUAGUUUGUAAAACAUAAAAAUUCAGGCACAG